AUGGCUAAAUCUACUCAUUCCAUGUUCAAAAACCUUCCUACCUCUAAGGUUUUGAAGCAAAUAGCGAGGUUGAAUAAUAUUGCAGGAACUCCGGAAACUGCUUUUAAGUUUCCUUCGAAAUACAACAAGAUUGAAUUACUCUUGAUACAAAAGCUGGUUCAUGGUCCAUCUAUUGGAUUAAAGAAAUUUUGGAGAAAUAACCUACCUACUUUAAAGUUUCACAAUGAUGGGACAGAAUUUUGCUUAACUAGAAUCAAAACCAAAAACAAGGCAGAUCUCGAAAGGUGCCCGACGAAAAUUUUGGUUCACAGUCAGAACAAUGAAGUUAUCGAAAUAGACUGUGCAAAUAAAACAGCAUAUGAAAUUCUCAAAAAUCUCGUUAAGAGAACAGGUGCUAAUUCUGUCCCAGCAAAAGAAAUUCCAAUUAUAAAGGAGUCUACACAAAAAAUGUAA